AGCAGGCACACUAUAUAAACCGAAUGUUACUAACUCAAAUCAUCAGUUAGUUGCCUAGUGUGGAACCAACAACUUCAAAAUGAAAUUCUUGAUUGUAGUAGCCGUAGCUGUCGCCGCAGUAUGCGCGGAAGACGUUAAGAAGACCGAGAAGCGUGGUGUUGCCGGACUCGGUUACGGCGGUCUUGGUUACGGCGGACUCGGUUACAGCGGUGGUUACGGCGGCGGCUAUGGUGGAUACGGAGGUUAUGGCGGAUAUGGAGGUUACGCACCUGUCGCCGUAAGUAAAGUGGCAUACACGACCACCCACGGAGGAUAUGGAGGAUACGGAGGCUAUGGCGCCGGAGGCUACGGCGGUGGAUAUGGCGGUUAUGGUCUUGGAGGAUAUGGUGGUUACUCCGGACUCGGUGGAUAUGGAGGUUACGGCAGCCACGGUGGUUACUAUGGCUCUCCCAGUUACUAUGGUGGGUAUGGCGGCUAUGGACACGGUCUCGGUUACGGAUAUCAUUAAGCCAUCAUCAUCUUAUCUAGCCGCUGUGUUCACCAUAUAAAAAGUAACCAUGACAAUAUGUAUAACAUGUGAUAUUUUUUUACCAACAACGAUCAUUGUGAAUAUUGUAAAUAUGUAAAAUAUAUUGAGUAUGUAUGUUA